UUUUUGUAAAAUAUCAUAAAAAUUUAACUCGAAACCCUCACAAUUCCCAGUUUUAAAGGUAUAAUAGAGGCUAUGGAACUACUGGUAAACUAGGUAUACUUGAGAACUUUUGUUCGUUUAGUGGCCAGUGGCUUUCUGUGUUGUUACAGUCGUUGUUCAUAAAUUUGCGUAAUAAUUGUGUUUAUUUUUGGCGUUUUCUGAUUUUCAUAAGUGUUUUAAACAAGGCCUACAUGAAGCACGAUCGUGAGCGAUCUACAUUCGUCAGUAUUUCACAAUGGAAACCAUCAAAGCCAAUGCAGCAUUUCUGUGCAACUUUGAAGUAAUGCAAAUUUUGCAGCAGCUAAAGGACAAUACACAGAAAAAACACAAACGUGAAGGUUCUCUUGCUACUGUUACAUAUGAAACAGUUCAUUUCUUACAAAACUCAGAUUGUAAGAACCAGAGUGCCCAAGCCAUUCAAAAGUUUCUGGAGGCGAUGAAGGCUUUCAAGCUGACCAAAACUGAGAAACUUAUGAUGGUGAAUACUCCUCCCCGCACUGAACUGGAGAUCCAGCUGAUUGUACAAGAGAGCGAGGAGAGAUUAUCCGAAGAAGACGUAAGGAAAAUAAUCAGCUUGUCCAAUGAGUUCCUGCCACCAAGUGAGAACAUAUGACAAAUGGACGAGGCUGAUGAGCCCGAAGAAAUAAAUAUAUAAAUUGUAUUAAUUACCAAAUGUUUAAGCAUAAAGUCGGAUGCUUUUAUACCACUGCUUAUAAACUAAACCAGAUAUUCAUUUUAACCGUAAGGCCUUUGCCAUUAGCGGCAAUGCCGCCAAGCACGUUAAAUAACAAUAUAUUUUUUCUUUUCAAGUUGGUUAUCAAGCAUUAGAUUCGACUAUUUGAUAUUGACCAUUUGACCCUAUAACGUCAUAGUGAUAACAUUUGCUUA